AUGACUCCAGUUAAAAAGGAGACAAGAGUGUGUGACCAUGCCUUUGUUCACAUCAACAUCUAUAUCAAUACAAAGAAGCUGGGCAAAAAAUUGGUUGGAGAAGGCGAAGAGGCGCAUAAAACGCCCGAACCUUCGGUCUACAAGGCAUUCCAAUUCUCACGGACCAUCACUCAUGUGCAGUGGUCGCCUGAUAGUAAAUAUUUGCUCGUAAACCUCGGAUUCGACCACGGUAGACCAGGAUACCAAACUGAAUUCAAUUUGAUUGAUAUUGUGGCUGGCGAGAUCAUUCUGACACGAAAGCAUCAAGAUGGACCGCGUGAUGUCCCAGUCAAUAGCAUUGGUUGGAUGACAGACUCUGAACGUUUCAUUACUGCAACUCCCGAUGGCUUGCUCUAUAUUUGGAACCUUAAAGGCGAGGUUGUGCAAGAGGUUGAUAUGGGAGAGGGCAAAUGUGUGGAUAUAAUGUGUAUGGUUCCAGGACGAAACGAAGCGGUGAUUGUCACGAAUGAUAACAAAGUGGAACUCUAUUCAUUUGAAGGCAAAGAGUCAAAGCCCAUUGAUACAAUGACGGAGAGACCGGUAGGCAUUACCUUGUCACCAAAUGGAGCAUACCUUUCUAUUUCCACCAAGGCUAAUAUGGAUCUUUGUCGACCUGCUCAGAUUCUCAUCUAUGAUUUCGCGUCAUUGACAUUUAUGAGGGCAUUAGAGGCAGACUCUUACAUCAAUGAGAUGUUCAAAAUCAUGCCCACAUUUGGUGGACCCCACUAUGAGAUGUUGUGUGCAGGAUCUGAGAAUGGCAAGAUUCACUUCUGGGAUGUGGAAACGGGUGAGCUGAUCACGGUGUUGGAAGAGCAUUCUAAGCAUUCGGGCUGCACUGCUUUCCACCCAACGACAUCAGGCCUGAUGGCCUCCUGCAGUGAUGAUAAUCACAUUAUCUUAUGGGUAACAAAGGAUUUGUGCAGAUCGCUACAGGAUGAGGAUGAAAAGUGGAUGGAAAGUAGAAGAAUUGAAGUUAAACCACCACCUAUCAACAUCAAGAAAGGAUGGUAG